CGUAUAUACAGUUUUAUAAUAAUUCCGUAUAUUCUUUGUUUCGGAAAACGAAAAGAAGAUUUUCCACUCGCGCAAGGCCUCAAUAAAUACACCCAACCAUAAGUCCAUGAGCCCUCCUCCUUCACUCUAAUCACACUCACCAUCCUUCAUUGUGAAAAAAAGAUCUCGAAAACUCAAAAACCACACACAAGAAGAGAACCAUCCUUUUGAAGAGAAUGGCGAUGAAAAAAGCGAACAAGCUGACGCAAACGGCGAUGAUCAAGCAAAUCUUGAAGAGGUGCUCGAGCUUGGGGAAGAAACAGAGCAAUGUAUACAGCGAGGACGUAAACGGAUCUACUCUUGACGUGCCUAAAGGCCACUUCGUCGUCUACGUCGGUCAGAAUCGGGUCAGGUACGUGGUGCCCAUUUCGUUUUUGACCAGACCAGAGUUUCAGCUUCUUCUCCAACAAGCAGAGGAAGAGUUUGGUUUCGAUCAUGACAUGGGUCUCACUAUCCCUUGCGAAGAAGUCGUUUUCCGAUCUCUCACCUCCUCCAUGCUCCGAUGAACAUAUCUUUUUUUAGGGCUAUGAAUUUUUUUCCUAGUUAUAUAUAUUUUGGAGAUUUGAGAUGUUUUUAGGGUAAACAGAGGAAGCUGCUGAGUAAAAUGCUUCUCUGUUUUAGCAAAAAUCUUAAUUAUGGUUUUGGUUAAUAUGGGUUUAGUAGUAUUAGAGUGAGACUAACCCUUAGAAGGAAAAAAAAAACCUAAAAUGAGAAUGAUUACUAUUUUUGGUUAUCUUCUCAGAUUUACUUCUCAUGGUGGUGUGGUUUGUUCAAUGUGUACCCUGUGAGAGACUUCUUAAAAAAAAAAAAAUAUGAAUGAGAGGCUUUUUUAUAUUAUCAGCUUUUAAGUAA